CAUAAUCCAUUUCAAAACUAUACAUACAUACUUACAUACACACAUUAACUACAGAAAGUGAAGAAGAAGAAAGUUAGUUAUUUUCAGCUUAAUUUUUAAUUGAUUUGAAUUUGAAUGUAAUGCAUCAGAAAAAAUCAGAAAUUCAGAUCGGAAAAGAAAGUUCUUGUAUCUCUUCCGAUUUCAACCCUAAUCUCUUUCAUCACCAUAAACUUUUCAAUUCAAAUUCCAAUUCAAUUCAUCACAAACAUCAACACAAUUCUAUUUCUUCACCAAUUCAUCCUAAAAUUAACAACCCUAAUUUUAAAAUCAAACCCUCCAAAUCAUCUUUUCCCCAAUUCCCCCAUUUCAAUUUCAAUUUCAAUUUCCCACAAUUUUCCACUAAAAAAUCAUCUUUUCAUUUUCAUUCUCUCUCCGCCGUCUCCUCCGCCGCACUCCGUCGUCUCCGCCAUCGUUCCCGUUUAAUCCUCCUUCUUUCCCUCCCUUUUUUCUUUUUCUUACUAUCCCCACCUACUCACUCUUUCUUCUUUAAUUUCCUAUCUGCUUUCGCUUUCUCCGCCGCACUUUUCUUCUCUCUCUCCCUCAAAUUCAAAUCACCACCGUCGUCUCUUCCCAUAGUCCUCACCGUGAAACAGUGGAAUCGACGGCGGAGAGAGAAUAAAAUUUCCAAAAAUUCAUCCAAUAUUGUGGAAAUUAGGGUUAGGGUUUAUGCAAAUGGUGAUGUGUAUGAAGGUGAAAUGAAGAAUGACAGGAGUUGUGGGAGUGGGGUUUAUUACUAUAAUAUGAGUGGAAGAUAUGAAGGGAAUUGGGUUGACGGGAAAUAUGAAGGUUUUGGUGUUGAGAGUUGGAGUAAGGGAAGUAGGUAUAAGGGUAUGUAUAGAGAUGGAUUGAGAAAUGGGUUUGGUGUUUAUAGAUUUUAUACUGGAGAUGUUUAUGCUGGUGAAUGGUUGAAUGGACAGAGUCAUGGUAGUGGUGUUCAUACUUGUGAUGAUGGGAGUAGAUUUGUUGGAGAGUUUAAGUGGGGUGUUAAACAUGGUCUUGGCCACUAUCACUUUAGAAAUGGAGAUACGUAUGCUGGUGAGUAUAUUGCGGACAAGAUGCAUGGAUUCGGGGUAUACUGUUUUGCAAAUGGCCAUCGUUAUGAAGGAACCUGGCAUGAGGGGAAAAGACAUGGUCUUGGAAUGUAUACAUUUAGAAAUGGAGAAACUCAAUCCGGUCACUGGAGAAAUGGAGUACUUGACAUUCCAAGCACGCAGAACGCCACAUAUCCAGUUUCCCCUGUUGGUGUGAAUCACUCCAGAGUACUUAAUACAGUGCAGGAAGCUAGAAGAGCAGCUGAGAAAGCCUAUGAUGUAGCCAAGGUAGAUGAACGAGUAAAUAGAUCAGUAUCAGCAGCUAAUAGAGCAGCCAAUGCAGCCAGAGUAGCUGCUGUCAAGGCUGUGCAAAAUGAAAUGCAUCAUCAUGUUAAUGAAGAGAGCUUCCGAAUUCCUGUUUUGUGAGGCUAUCAACUGCAACUUUUGUUUUGGUAGAGAAGCAUGAGAUUGUUGAAGAGAUUUGUAGCUAGCUACUCUGGUGGUGUAAACUGCCAUCAUCUCCAGUUCUCCCUUAUAGUUGCUGACUGAAUGCAAGCAGAUUUAGUAUCUAUCUGCUAUGGGUCUUGUAUAGAGAGAGGGAAGACAAUGAGUAAUGAUGUUAAUUCGUAUGAUAAAAUUAUAUGCAUUUCUUUUCUUUUUUCUUUAAUUUUGCCUGCAUUUUUGUAAAUUUAUGUAGAGCUAUAUAUGCUGGUGUGCUGGUGAAACCUUAACCCAGCUACUGUUGUAAGAUCCCAUAGUAAAAAUAAGAAGAGAACCAUCGUUUGCAAGAUGUUUUGAUAUUUUCUUGAA